GUUUUAUGACGUCAUGAAAGUAGUUAGUCUUUCCCUUUACAAGUUCUAUGGUUCACAUUCGGCAGCAUCUCACUGUUUGUCAACCCGUGUUUCUCUAUAAAUUCACCUUCUUGACUUCAUCUUCUCUUCAUCCGAUCCUCAACAUCUAUCAACAAUUCUCCAUAUCUCUCCUCUUUGCAAUCAAUAUGGCUAAGUUCACAACCAUUUUCAUCAUUGCUCUCCUUCUCUGCUCAACGCUAACCUACGCAGCCAGGUUGACUCCGACGACAACCACCGCCUCUUCUAGAGAAGACUCCGUUAAGGUAACUGAAGGAGAUAAUACUGAAGAAGAAAGCUGCAAAGGAAUUGGAGAAGAAGAAUGUUUGAUUAGGCGAACUCUUGUUGCUCACACUGAUUACAUUUACACUCAAAAUCACAAACACUAAAUCAUAUUUUAUGCCAUAAAGUAUAUUAACUAAUUACAUUAGUAAACCCUAUCACUGUACUUUCUUUUUAAUUUUGUUAUAGCAAGUUUAAUCUUUGUUAUUACUUCGUUGAGAGUUAUUAUAUUAUUCACACUCCUUGUAUAAUUAUGGAUUUAAAACAAUUUUCAGUAUUUAAUUUUGUAAGGUUUAUCAUAAAAAAAUAAAGUCACAACAACGAGUUUAUUCCAUUUCGAGUUUGGUUGUAAACCAGCUGUAUUUUGUCUUAAAGUUAGACGAGUUGACUGGGAAUAAAUAGUUGACUU